GAACCGUUUCCUUCAAAGAUCAGUGUUCGGUACUCAAUUGGAAGUUUUGUGUUAAGCGUCUAAAAUCGUUACGGUAACAUAAAAGUCCAAUCUGCAGCUAAAGCAAAGCUAAAAUCUGUGAAAAUGUUCUCAAAAAUGAUCGCUGUUCUGGCCUUGGCCACCGUUGCUAUUGCUGCUCCGCAGCACCAGGAAGCGGCUCGAUUCCCGGCCGGAGUGAAUCCGGCUGCCUGCCCGUCGUACCCCAACUGUGACAAUGCCGCGCUGCACAACCCACAGCCUCAGAACAAUCAUGCUGCCAACCACUGGAACCCCAACUGGAAUGCCCAGCCCGCUGCCCAGCCUUCGUGGAACGCCCCUCAGCCAAGCUGGAACCCAGCUCCUCAGCCAUCGUGGAACCAGUGGAACGCUCCUCAGCCAGCUGCCCCUGCCUGGAACGCCCAACCUAGCUGGAACUCCUACCCAGCUGUUUCCGGACCAUCCCACAACCAUCUGGCUGCCGCCCCCGCCACCGGUGGAGACAAGUACCCAGCUGGUGUGAACCCGCAGACCUGCCCGAACUACCCGUUCUGUGACAACUCUGCCCCGGCCGGAGCUCCCCAGGUCGCUCCUCUGCCCGGAUACACUGAGCGUCAGUACCCAGCUGGUGUGUCCCCACACAGCUGCCCGAACUUCCCGUACUGCAACUAAGUCUGUGAUACCCCACCCUCUGUUAAUAGUGAAAACCCAUCUUCUCUAUACCGCAAACCCGCUGACCUCAACCCCAAUCUCGAUUCUUUCCAAUUAACACCCUCUUUUUUGUCGUAUUUGUGCUUCACCAGUUUCCAUUUCCCGAUUGCUAACACCAGCGUGUUGUGCUAUUGCCAUGUUUUAUGUGUAAAUAAUGUUUCAGGAUGAUUGUGUGAUAUCCGUUGUGAUGUUGUGCAUGCGUGUAACGAGAUAGUGUUCCUUUUUAAUUGUUUGUGUUCCCUUUUUUUUAUUUGUGCUCAGAGAACAAGCAACGCAAAGAUUAUAGAUGAAAAUUAAACGCAAUUUGAGAUUUUAGCUUAA